CGCACACAUUUCGUUUUCAUAAACGUUACCGAGAGCACAUGCCUUUGAAGCAUAUAGUAGCAACAGCAGCAGCAGAGAGCAGCACCGUCGUCGUCGUCGCUACCGAGUGAGUUUUGUACGCCUAGCGCCGAUUUGGGAUAUCAGCCGAAGCGGAGCGGAGCAGAGCAAGAAGAAGAACACAAAGUGUGUGAUUUUGUUCAGCGAGUCGAGCCGUGUGUUCCGUUCGGAAAAGUGGCAACCAGUGGUGUAGUUAACAAGGGGCGUUCGAAGGGGGUACGAUUAUCGGUUGAAAUUGUUUGAUUGCGAACGAGAUUUGCGUGGUUUUUGCAAGAGUUUGAAAAAUUUGUGGUUCUCGAGGCGCCCAAGGGUACAACCCUGGUGGAAAGUAUUUUUUUCGUUUCGGGUGGUGGAUAAGCGCCGCCACCGGCUGUUGUAGUAACUAUUGCAGUGGAAAAUGGCGACAACUGCAAAAUUAUAUCCAGUAAUAGUGGUAUUGCAUCGAGUAAGUGAUAUCCGGCCGAUUUUAUAGACACGUAGUGCAGGAUAAUUGGUGCGUUUCGCUGGAGGGUUGGAAAAACGACGAAAAUGUCGGCUAAGAACGUUGAAAACACGGCGGAAAAAGAAAAUUUGCUCGCGAAGCAAAAUGACGUCGCUCGUUCGCAGAGUGCGACCUCAGCGGUGACUGAAGCACUCGGUGCGGCAGCCGAACAAACUAAUGAGCGCUCGGAAAUACGAAGCGAUGCGGGGACGAAGUUAGCGCCGCCGUUAGUAGUGCAUGCACCGGCUGCUGCGACGCUUGUGGUCGAUGAUGAGUUUGAUACGGUAAUCGGUGGGAGUGAAUUGAACGGGGAUGUCGCUGGAUCCAGUGCUGGUGGCCACGGCGGCGGUUCGUCAAGUUCCUCUAGCAGUGGGGGAGUUGGUGGUGGUCGUGGUGGAUUGAACAGCGAGAAACGGCGCAGUAAUGGAGAUAAAAAUACUAGCAGGCGUAAAACGCGCCGCGGGAAAACUAAACGCGGUAAAAAAUCGAGCUCGAAACCGUACACCAAGUCCCAAUGGAAGUUCCAGGUGCCCCCCAUGUGGACAGCGACGAAUAAACGACGUGCGGAAGCUGCGCUGGUCGCAGCUGCUGGUGGUGGUGGUGGUAUCGUACCGCUGAAAGGUCCCUACCAUCAGUCAGACCAUCCACCGUUAGUGCCAUACAACACCAAUCGCUUCCUGAUGGAAGACCACAUGCCACACGUCCUGACGCCCUCAGGUAGAACCCGUGAUUCAAGUUUUUCUAUAGAUUCAGAAGAAAAUUAUUUCUACUCACUACCAGAGGACGAAGAGGAAUUCCUCACCAAGGAGUUCUCCAGCGUGUACGAAGACGCCCGCUCGGAGCGACUCGAGGGACUCAGCAAGACGCAGCUGAUCCAAGAGUACCUCCAGCUGGAGGCCAACUUUGAGCAAAUCACGCGCCGCUACAACGCCGUCAAGUCGCUCUCGAUCAGGGAGGAAAACGAAAGUGCCGCUGUUGGUGUGAAUAAUGCAAUGCCGGCCAAAGAUGCACCGGGGGGCAGCGGCGGCGGAGUGGACCGCAGGCGGUUGGAGGAUAGAAUUCGGGAGCUCACCGCUGAGAAUCUCGAACUCCGACGACAGCUGGAGCAUGCAUCCCGCAUCGGAAUGGUGCUGUCGGCCAAAUCGUCUCCCCGGAACAACAACAACAACAACAACAGUAACCCCGCAGCGGUCGAACGGAUGGACAGUUCGUCCUGCACGAGCAGUGAGGAUAGCGAGUCGGAUAGUUCCACUUCGACGAGUUCGAGUAGCAGCGACGACGACGACGAGGAGAAUGGUGGUGGCAGCAGUUCGAGCAGUAUGAGCGACACCGAUGGGGACUUGGAACGGCAACCUCUGGUCCUGAUGGACAGUGGCGACCGAGACGGGGCCCAAGUUGCGACGGAACCAAACGGAGAGCAGCACCUACCGAAUGAGCUCCUCUGGGUGGAAGCCAACAGUGGGCAGCAAAAUGGGGGUAGAGAAAUGAAUGGCAGAUUUUCCCCUCUGGACGCUGACUGGGGAUGAACACGGUUCGUUUUAUUGUCUAAAGAUUUUUUAAUUGUGACCACAUUUUUUUUACCUGUGCGAAUAGUGAUAGAACAGAGUCAUUGCAUUAAGCUUGAUUACACUUCUCAAUAUUUGAGAAAAAUUCCUCUUUUUUUACACGUAAUUUUAAACCCAACAUGAAAUGAAAAAAAAAAUGCUUAAAAGCAACAAAUAAAAAAUCGAAAAAUACAAUAUUCACCACAAAAAGUAAGCCUCUUUUUAAUUUCGUAACGUUCGGAAAAAAAAACCUUAAGAGUUAAUUAUUUGUGCGCGCUGUUUAAACAAUAAGUCUUAUGUACAAGAAGCAAAUGGUGUGCGACAAACGAGAGAUAUAUAAUAACUAUAACUAACUCUAGAGUGAUAAAUGGCGACACAUUUUAUAGUCCUUUAGAUGAUGCGAUGCGAAGGCAGGAGUUAAGUGAUGAAAUGGGAAAUCGCAAUGUGAUCAAUUAAACACACACAUACAUACAUGCACACACACAAACAGAGAAGGAAUACACGUGAUUCGGCAGAAGUCAAAAUAUUUAUAUUUUUAAAAUUUUUACAACUCACGAAAAAAUUGCGAAAGAAAAAAAUAUAUUCUCUUCGGGUUGAUGUUACUGCACGAAGGUAUGUUUCCGUUCGGAAACAACGGACAAACCUUACAAUGUAUUUGACGACUAUUAUUAUUAUCAUCAAUAAACAAAAAAGGAAAGGAACCAGAGUGCUUUUUUCCGUUAUACACUGUCAAGCGUAUAUUAUACACACAUAUAUAUUAUCCAUAUUACAUUGGCUGGGGUGGACCAUGAUCCUUCGCAGACAAGAGAUAAAAAAUUUAGACAUAAAAAAACGGAACUAUGGUGGAAUGCAAAAUGAUCUAUUUGUAAGUGUUGUUUGAAGAAAAAAUAUA